GCCAAGCAAGUGUCGCUACGCAUGGCUGCAACCCACUGCAUUACUGCCCUUGUUGUGCACGCCAGCUGCCCCACUCUGUGCCCAACUUCACUUGCCUGAUGUUCUUGUGGAGUGUCUGGCAUCAGCUGACGUCCUCUUUCUUGAGUCUCUGGUGAAAUGCCUAUUCAGCUUCAGCCAGUGUCCCGUGUUUUUUGACAACCUCAUCAUUGCCUAUGCUAUUCAGCCUCUCCUGAUGUCUGCAACCCAGCUGGUUUCAUCCAAUCGAAUAGGCACAGCAGCAAAAGCUCUCAAGCUGCUUCAGAUGCUGCUUUCCAGGCAGCAGAGCUUUAGGGCAAAUCAUGACCUUGUAAAGUUGUUUGUGCAACACUUGUCUGAUCAAAUGGCUACUGGACACCAGGCGAUAGUGCUUGCUUCACUGGAGGUCUUUGGAGAACUGUGCAGUGGUUUGGUGCUUCCCACUCCUGUGCCUUUGUCUCUGCUGAGAAAGCAUGUUCAGGGCUGCAUGGACGCCUUGUCUGCAGCUCUCACCUCACUAUGUGGAGGCAGUUCCGGGGGAGCAGUUGGAUCUGAUAGUGCCAGCCCUGCAGUGCCUCUGUCAAGGAGCCAGGAGCAGUGUUUCAUGGAAGGCAGGCUCCUCUGUGCUGGCCUUCGCCUCUUGUUCCGAUGGGCCCAGUAUGUCUCUUGACACUCACCUUAUGAAACUGCUAGUCUUGUUCAUUUAUUUCUUUGGAGAUUUGCCUUCCAGGUUUCUGAAGUUCGUAAGGUAGAGGUAGCUUUAUUGUUCUUAUCUAUAUUUCAGAAGAAGAAUGUAGCAUGAACAGAAGAGGCACAGUAAAUAAAUGGGAUGUGCACUGCAUGUACUAUUUAAGCCAUUAACAUUGUGGGAUUUAGAUUUCUUGGUUAUGCUUCAUUGUGGUACUACAGUGGCUAUGCUGCAGUUUCACCUGCUGUAGAAGCUAUGGCAUAGUGCUAGUCAGCUUGAGGCUGUGGUUUCCAUCGACUGUAAUGGCUGCAUUGUGAUGCUGGCAAAAUGCAAAAAUUUUUUGUACUUAGGUUUUGGUUGGUGUACAUGAAAAAAUCCCAGCCAUUUAA